AUGACGGAUCAACAACGAGUAGAAAGGAGGGAGCGGAAUCGGGAGCACGCCAAACGCAGUAGAAUCCGCAAGAAGUUUUUGCUCGAGAGCCUCAUGGAGCAGGUGUCGGACCUAAGGGCCCAGAACAAGGAGCUGCGGCAGGUUAUUCGCUCCGAAUUGCCCGAUAAUGCCCUCGACAUCUUAAAUGACUGCGUGACCGAAGAAUCGUUGCUCUUAGUGACCGAUUCCGUACCUAGACCGAUCCAGCAGGCCCAGCAGUUGGUCGAGCCCGACUUCCGGCUGAUGUUGGCCCUGCAAGCCGCGCAGCAGAAUUUCGCGGUCUCUGAUCCGAGUCUCCCGGACAACCCGAUCGUGUAUGCGUCGCGAGGCUUCCUGACGCUGACGGGCUACCAGAUGUCGCAGGUCGUGGGGCGGAACUGUCGGUUCCUGCAGGGCCCGGGCACGGACCCGAAGAUGGUCGACCGGAUCAGAACGGGCGUCGCGGCCGGCGAGGACACGUCCGUCUGCUUAUUGAACUACAAGGCCGACGGCACGCCCUUCUGGAACCAGUUCUUCGUCGCGGCGCUGCGCGACGCCGACGGGACCGUCGUGAACUACGUCGGCGUGCAGUGCGAGGUGAAC